AUGGGUUGGAAAAGAAGUUUAUUAUCCUCAGGUGGCAGGCAUACGCUAUUGAGAGUGGUGGGGGAAGCGAUUCCUAUUUACACACUCUCUUGUUUCAAGCUCCCGGACACGCUGUUAACUGAGAUUCAUAGCAUGCUCUCGCAAUUUUGGUGGGGUCAAAAAGGCGCAGAACAAAGAAUGGUUUGGAUUAAAUGGGACACAAUGACGAGACCAAAGAAAGAUGGAGGGUUGGGGAUCAAAGAUCUAAGGGCACAAAAUUUGGCCUUAUUGGGCAAACAAUAUUGGUGUCUAAUGAAAUACCUUAACUCUACACUAUCAAGAAUGUUCAAAGCUAAAUAUUUCAGAUAUACAGAUUUCUUACAUGCAGAGAUAGGAAGCAUAUCGUCAUGGGGCUGGAGAAGUGUCCUUGAAGGCCGCAAGAUUAUUGAGAAAGGCUUGUUAUGGAAAAUAGGCUUUGGUGCUAAUGUCCGCAUCUUCCAUGAUCCCUGGCUCCCACCACCAUUGCCCUUUAAUGUCCCUCAAGCUGUAGUGACAAUCCCACCGAAUCUAUAA